CUUAUUUUUAAUGAGGAUAGCGUCUACGAAUGAAAAAAACUAGGCACCGAUCUGGCACACACUAUUUUACAUACAAGUGCGAAUAUGCACCACAACAAACUUCCGUAGUUCAUAUCUUGUCAAUCUGCAAGAGACUGAGGCUGUACAUGUUCGAACCUGACACCUGAGGUUCCGGGCAUAUUUAACGUAGUGGGGAUAAGCCGCGACAGAUAUCUCUGUGCAAAUGCCAGCAAUUCGAAAAUUUUCGCGGUGCGAAUUCGCACUCAUGUACGGUUUGAAGGUUAAUAGUAACUUUAUGAUGUGGACAUGUUGGACAAUCGAUUUAUCAAGUAUUUUACGACGCGUUAUUGUUAAAACAAACAUGGAAAUAAAAGUAUUUAUUGGAGAAAAAGAAGUUUCUUUUGACAUUAAAAUGAUUCAAAACAUACGAGAAAUUGAUCACAUUUUAAAGAAAUUAGAAAUUAUGUUUCCUUGUGAAACAGUUAAUAACGAAAACAGAGUCACAAAUUGUCAGGGUUUUGUCAUUAAAGAAAAGUCUAAAAUAGGACAGAGAAUGAGAUGUUUGGCGUGCACAAAAAAUUGGAAGAUAUUAUUAAGAAAAUCACAAAAUUUGACACCAAUUGAAAAAUUAAGAAAGAAAAACAAAAAAUUGAACAAGUCAAAUUUAUAUUAUUAA